AUGGAGCUGGCAGAGCAAGACAAAGUGAAGCAGCUGAAAGAUGGUGACACACAGAAAAUUCCGCCAGUUUUAUCACAAAACAGAGGAAUCAUCUGGCAGAACUGUGAUUCCAGGCUACCUUUCCCACUUCCUUCUGAUUCCUUCAAGUAUCUCAGCUGGUGGGACAUAGAACAAAAUGAUGUUCGAGGAAAUCAGCUUCGUUGUCCUCGAGUGAGAGAAGGGCCUUCAAAAGAACAGCUAUUUUUCAGAGGAGAAGAACAUACUUUGAAAAGAAGAAAGCAAGUAACUGACACAGAGAAGUGGCAAAAGAAACUGCAAGAGAACUGGGAAAACUGCGCUGAGUUGAACCUUUCAUUUCAGGACCUGGGUGACCUUUACCAGGUGGAAAACUUCAAAAGGAUUCUUCGAAGAUUAAUUCGCGUGGAAAAACUUUGGUUAGUGGACAAUUCUUUGACAGACCUAAGUGCCAUAAGGUUGCCAAGAUGCAGAGAACUAAAUGUCAAUAAAAACCACUUUACAUCCUUGAAACAGCUGCCAAAGACACCUCAGAUUCAGCACUUAUCACUCGCUGAAAAUAACAUUAUGACACUAAAAGGAAUAUCAGACUUCAGACAUACUCCACUUGAAUCUCUUAUCCUCAAGAGGAAUCCCUGUGAGUUUCAAGAAAGAUACAGACAACUUGUAUUCUCCAGUUUGCCAAAUCUGAAGACGCUGGAUGGUAUCCCAAAACUGCCAGAAGACUGUUCUCCCCCAGAUAUCAGGUUUAUUUUCAAAAUGUGUACUAUACUCUAGCACUGUAUUUUUGUAGGAUUGCAUCUGUACUAGAAUCACCCGACUUAGAAGACAGAAUAAAUCCUGUA